AUGGGCAAGCUAAAGAAGACGCAGAAGUAUGGGCGCAAAGCGAUGGCUCGGUUGAUUAAACCGACGGAUCAGCGAAUAAACGAGAAGGACCGGGUCAUCCGGAAGAAGAAGGAAGACGAACAUGCGCUGAAGUUACACGAGGCUCCACAAACCUCCUCGGCGAUGUUCCUGAAGUACAACAGCCAGCUGGGCCCCCCAUUUCACGUGAUCAUCGACACCAAUUUUGUCAACUUUACAAUCAAGAACAAGAUGGAUUUGUACACGGAGCUGAUGAACUGCCUCUACGCAAAAGUGAUCCCGUACGUCUCGGACUGCGUGAUCGGUGAACUCGAAAAGAUGGCGUCUCGGUUCAAGAUCGCUUUGAAAAUUCUGAAGGACAGCCGGGUCCAGCGACUCUCCUGCUCCCACAAAGGCAUCUACGCCGACGACUGUAUUGUGCAACGCGUCACACAGCACAAAUGCUACAUCGUUGCCACCUGCGACAAGGACUUGCGGCGACGAAUUCGCAAAAUCCCCGGCGUCCCCAUUAUGUACAUCAGGAAUCACAAAUACGAGAUCGAGCGCAUGCCGGACUCGCACAAUUUC